AUGGCUCUCCCAAUCAACAGCCCAUCCCCACGCCUGGAUCGCUUCGAACAAGCGAUGGAAUCACUUUAUGGCAGUUUUACCAGCAUAACAGACCCAGCAAGCUGGAACCCACCACCAAGAUCAGGCGGCCACGGAGGUCGAUACCUAUGGACAGACGCCUUCGGCGUAGUUAACUUGUUGACAAUGCACAGCCAAUACAACAUAUCCAAAAAGCAAGGCGAAUGGGAUGACCGGUAUCUCGUGCUCGCAGACCGCCUGAUUAAUACUGUGCAUGAUGUCCUAGGUAGAACCCGUGACGGUGACUCCCGUCUGCCAGGAGCAACUGACACGAAUCCGCUGGGUGGUGGGUUGAGAAUCGGUAAGACAGACGAUCAUGGUCCAGAUGCAGAUGGACAAUAUCACCACUACCUGACUCUAUGGAUGUUUGCGCUGAACCGGAUGGCGAGAGCUUCCGGGAAUAUGGAAUACAACAGACAAGCUGUGAAACUGGCAAAAGCUAUUCAUCCAAAGUUCUUCGUCGGUCGUACCACAGCCCGCCCGAGGAUGGUAUGGAAAAUGAAUAUGAGCCUGACAAAGGCAUUGGUUGCAUCAGAGGGGAAUUUGGAUCCUAUUGAUGGAUAUGUUAUCUUUCGCCUGCUGCAGGCUUCAGCCGUUGAAGCCGGUGAUGGCGAGGUCUUGGCCGAGGAGAUUUCCGACUACAGACGUGUGAUGAAUCGUAAAGGAGAGCACUAUGUUUCCAGUGACCCGUUGGAUUUGGGAAUGACCUUGUGGUCUGCACAUUGGUUUUCCGAGCGAGAGCCUUGGGCUGCCGAACUAGCCAGGGGAUGUUUCGAACAAAUGUACAACCUAUUUGAGAUCAACCGCUACUUGGAGCGAAAUAUCAAGUUUCGCUUGGCUUUCCGUGAAUUUGGUGCCUGUAUGGGCAUAGAAUGCCAGGCCGAACAAGCCAACGAAAAAGAGAGCGCCGUUAAUCUAAAGACUUUCUCGACUGCUAUUAUUGCUGCUUGGGACCCAUAUAUGGAGCUCUCCAUCUCCGAUGAUCUGACCCCAGUGGACCUGAGGCCGAUCACUCGGGUGAUGUAUGCAGCUGCGUUGAUUCCGGGAGGUGAGUCAAGCCAAUCCGACCAGAUUCAAUCAUGA